GUACCUAGAAAGCUCGCCCUAGGUAGAUUCAAUAAGCUAAGGUUUAGCACUAACGCACAGACCAGUUGCGCAUGUGCAUGUCUUCUGUGAUUGGCCAUUGCCAGUUGGCAGCUUCCACCCACCAAGAUUAUCUUUAACUUUGAACCACAUAAACCAUUAAACCGUUAUUACAUAACCUAUAACUUUAGAGCCUCUACAUAGAAACAAACAAACGUGUUAGAGUGCAACUCUUAGGAAAUCAGCUAAUAUGGAUCCCUACUCUGCCGAAGGCGAGCUUCUCAACAUCCACAACCACUUCCACCAAGGUCAAUACCAAGAAGUAAUCGACUUUGAUACCUCCGCUCUCUCGCCCGAAAAUGAGCUUCCCGCCCGAGUGCUCUCACUUCGAGCGCAAAUCGCCUUAGGGCAGGCCGAAGAGGUGAUCGCAGACGUAGAAGGAGAGUCGGAACCCGAGCUGGCUGCGAUAGGUGCUCUAGCGCAAUACAUUACGGGCGAGAAAGAUGAGGCGGUAAAGACGAUAGAAGAGUUGGCUUCGUCGGCUGGCGAUAACCAGACGGUCCAAGUCAUUGGUGGCACAGUCUUGCAGGCUGCUGGCAAGUCCGAAGAGGCGCUCGCACUUUUGUCGCAACAUUCCGGUAGUCUCGAUGCUGUCGCUCUAAUCACCCAAAUCCACCUCCAACAAAACCGGACCGAUCUAGCUCUAAAAGAAGUCACGGCAGCACGAAGAUGGGCACAAGAUAGUCUACUUGUUAACUUGGCGGAAUCAUGGGUUGGCCUACGACUAGGAGGAGAUAAAUACCAACAAGCAUUCUACGUAUUCGAAGAACUCGCGCAAGCCCCCUCGACAUCCUCCAUCGUCUCCCUCGUCUCUCAGGCGGUAUGCGAGCUCCAUCUAGGUCGCGUCGAAGAGGCGCAAAGCGCCCUCGAACAAGCCGUACAGAAGCACCCUGAUUAUGCCGAUGCUAUCGCCAACCUGAUGGUUCUGACAAUCAUAAACGGCAAGGACCCUAAAGAGCUAAUAAGUUCCCUGAAGAAGGCUGCGCCCCAACAUCCUUACCUGGUCGAUAUCGAAGAAAAGAGCGCGUUGUUCGACAAGGCUGCUGCAAAAUACAGUGCCAAGGUGUCGGCUUAGACGGGAGAAGAACAAUAAAUAGGGGCUUUGAUGAUAGGUGCUGAUAUACUCGUACACCUUGGAAAGAGGUGUAAAGAAAAGGCGAAUACCUUUGGUUAUGAUAGUUCAUGAAUACAACGAACGUCCUGCAUUGCAACGCUUUGAUAUUGGUUAUACGUCCGCAUUCCGCGGGGUGACGGUGACGAAGCGGCCUUCGGAUAAAGCCACGAUUUAUGAUCCACAAACCGCAACCACAUUUGCCAAAUUAGGUAUUCCGGUAUCGAUUAUCACAAUCGGUACCCAUCUAUCAUCAAGAAUUACUACAGGCCAAUUCAACCCAAUUGACAUCAUUGGACUUUGAAGAGUCGUUAUGUUGAGAAUUCGAGAAUCUGUCGGAAUGCAUAAUGAUGCCUAGAUUUCAGUAUGCAGGUGCGACAACGAUAAGGUAAGCAGGUGAACAGAUCUAUCGGAUAAUUAUAAUGAAGCAUCAUCGUCACACGGGAUCCUUCAAACUAUCAAUAUUGAUGCAAUUGAUAAGGGUAAAAGGGGAUGAGUGGAGACCUAUCGACAGCAGAAAA